UGUAUACGUUUGAAAAUCUGGUUGAAUUUUAAUCAUCCGGUGAAUUGUUUUACUCAAGUUUAUAUUUAAUUUAUUUGAUUAACUGUCGUUCGGAUUGAAAUUUGUUACCAUCAUGGUUAAUAGUGUACCGGAAACAAUUGAUUUUCCAAAAUCAGAAGAAUCAAUAAUCAAACAUUGGCAAGAGAUCAAAGCUUUUGAAACGAGUCUCAAACAAUCCAGUGGGAAACCUUCAUUUGUUUUCUUUGAUGGUCCUCCAUUUGCAACUGGAUUACCUCAUUAUGGACACAUCUUAGCAGGUACCAUCAAGGAUAUUGUUACUCGGUGGGCCCAUCAAUCAGGUUACCACGUGGAGAGGAGAUUUGGUUGGGAUUGUCAUGGAUUACCUGUUGAAUAUGAAAUUGAUAAAAAUCUCGGUAUCAAAGGGCCUGAAGAUGUUGCCAAGAUGGGUGUUGCUGCCUACAAUAAAGAGUGUCGAGCAAUUGUAAUGAGAUAUUCAGAUGAAUGGGAAAACAUUGUCUCCAGAUUAGGUCGAUGGAUUGACUUUAAAAAUGAUUAUAAAACAAUGUACCCUUGGUUCAUGGAAACAGUUUGGUGGGUCUUCAAGCAGCUAUUUAACAAAGGUCUUGUUUAUAGAGGUGUCAAAGUAAUGCCCUUCUCGACUACCUGUAAUACACCCUUGUCCAAUUUUGAGGCAGGUCAAAAUUACAAAGAUGUUGUCGAUCCAGCGGUUGUUGUCUCAUUCCCUCUUGAUGAUGAUCCAAGUGUAUCUCUUGUCGCAUGGACAACAACACCUUGGACUCUUCCCAGUAAUUUGGCUCUUUGUGUUAACCCUGAAUUAGAUUAUGUCAAAGUUCACGAUAAUGUCCGAGAUGCUGAUUAUAUCUUGAUGGAAGCUCGAUUAACUGAGCUCUUCAGAAAACCCGAUGAUUAUAAAAUAUUGGAAAAAUUCAAAGGUAAAACUUUGGAGGGUAAAAAGUAUGAGCCGCUUUUCCCAUAUUUUGCUUCUCGAAAAGCUGAAGGAUCAUUCAGAGUACUUUGUGAUGGUUAUGUUACCAGUGAAAGUGGUACCGGUAUUGUCCAUCAAUCUCCUUAUUUCGGUGAAGACGAUUAUCGUAUUUGUUUAUCUUAUGGUGUCAUCACCAAAGAAGGUCCAAUGGUUUGUCCGGUUGAUGAUAGCGGUAGAUUUGUUGACCCUGUUGUUGACUUUGUCGGUCAACAUGUUAAAGACGCUGAUAAGAAUAUCAUUAAACACCUUAAGGAGAAGAAGCGACUUGUUCAGGCCAAUACAACGAAACACAGUUAUCCAUUUUGUUGGAGAUCAGAUACACCAUUGAUCUAUCGGGCUAUUCCUUCGUGGUUUAUUAGAGUUGAACAAAUGACUAGUCUACUUUUGAAAAAUAAUCAAGACACUUAUUGGGUUCCUGAUUUUGUGAAAGAAAGACGAUUCGCUAAUUGGCUUAAAGACGCUCGUGAUUGGGCAGUAUCAAGAAAUAGAUACUGGGGAACUCCAAUUCCUAUUUGGAUGAACGAAGAUGGAUCUGAGGUGGUUGUCAUUGGAUCAAUUGCUGAAUUAGAAGAAUUGUCCGGUGUUAAAGUGACCGAUUUACAUCGUGAGGUUGUCGAUGAAAUAACUAUACCCUCAAAGAAAGAAGGACAAGUUCUCAGGCGAGUUAAAGAGGUUUUCGAUUGUUGGUUUGAAAGUGGAUCUAUGCCUUAUGCUCAGGCUCAUUAUCCAUUUGAAAAUAAGAAAAAGUUUGAUGAAAAUUUCCCUGCCGAUUUUAUUGCCGAAGGUGUUGACCAAACUCGAGGCUGGUUCUAUACUCUUCUAGUUUUGUCCACUGCUCUUUUUGACCGUCCACCUUUCAAAAAUCUUAUCGUCAAUGGGCUAGUCUUGGCCAGUGAUGGACAAAAGAUGAGCAAGAGAAAGAAAAAUUAUCCCGAUCCCUUGGAAGUGGUCAACAAAUAUGGUGCCGAUGCUCUGAGAUUAUAUCUGAUCAAUUCUCCGGUAGUUCGAGCGGAAAGUCUUAAAUUCAAAGAGGAAGGUGUUCGAGAUGUUUUGAAGGAGGUUUUCUUACCCUGGUUUAACGCUUAUCGAUUCUUGAUCCAAAAUGUUCAACUUUACGAGAAAAACACUGGUAAAAGUGUUAUUUUCGAUGCCUCACAAUUAAGUAAACCCGAAAAUCCUAUGGAUCGGUGGAUUCUUUCAUUUACCCAAAGUUUAAUCAAAUUCGUUAAGCAAGAAAUGAAAGCUUAUCGUCUUUACACCGUUGUGCCCAAAUUGGUUGGUUUCAUUGAAAAUCUAACAAAUUGGUACGUUAAAAUGAACCGUAAACGAUUCAAGGCUGACAAGGGAGAAGAAGAUUGUUUAACAGCGUUAGAAACACUGGCCGUAGUUCUAAUGUCAAUUGUCCGACUCAUGGCUCCAUUUACGCCUUUCCUAACUGAACAUAUCUACAGUAAUUUGAAAAAUCUUUUCAAUGCUGCCGAUUCAACUGAAUCAAUUCAUCAUUUGAUGCUUCCAGAUGUUCAAAUGGCCUUGAUUGAUGAAGAAGUUGAAAGUCAAGUAUCUGCAAUGAAGACCGUUAUUGAGAUUGGACGGAUUUUACGUGAUCGUAAAACUUUACCAUUGAAAUAUCCUCUUCCCGAGAUAAUUAUAAUCAGUAAAGAUGAAGAAACGCUGAAUCAUAUUAAAGCAAUGGAAAAGUAUAUCCUAGAAGAGCUGAAUGUACGAAAGAUAACAAUUACUGAUGACAAGGAAAAGUACGGCCUCGAAUUAAAAGCAGAACCCGAUAUAAAAGCUCUUGGUAUCCGAUUGAGAGACAAAUCUAAAGACAUUAUCAAAGCAAUUAGAGAAUUGUCUGAUACAAGAUUGAGAGAAUACCAAAAGAAUCCUAAUCUGUUCACCAUUAACAGUGUUAUUUUUGAACCUGGUGAAAUCCGUUUGACGUAUAAAUUUGGUGGUGAUUCGGGUAACAUUUUAUCCGAAAAGUAUAUAGCAUCUUCCGAAGGAAAUAUUCUGGUUAUUCUUGAUGUUACUCCUGACGAGAGUAUGAUGGAUGAAGGAAUAGCUCGAGAAGUUAUCAAUCGAAUUCAAAAGUUGAAGAAAAAAGCUCAUUUAGUUCCUACCGAUGAAAUAACUGUCUUCUAUUCAACAUCAGAUAAUGAUCUUGAUAGAAUCAUCAAAAGCUUUGUUGAAUACAUUUCAAGUACCGUUAACUCACCAAUUAAACCGAUGAAAGAAUUGUCCAGUUUAACCAAAAUUCUGAUUAAAGAAGAAUCAGAUCUCAAGGAGAAGAAACUUCUCGCUCUAAUCAAACGAACUGCAAGUGAAACCGAUGAUUCGACCUUUUCAGAACCUCAAGAACUUCCUCUUUGUCGAUAUGUGAACGUUUUAUUCGCCGAUCCGAAUAGAAAUUCACUCGAAAAAGGAACAGUUCUAUUGGAAAAUCCUGUCGGAUGUCGAGUUAUCUCCAGCGAAUCCUAUCUAAUCGAACUACUCAAAACAAUGUUCAACGUUCAUCAUGGAAACUUAUUCAUAUUCAAUUCUGCCAAUGGUUCUCGAUUAACUCUUUCAUCAGCCAAUGAUUUCCUUAAACUACAUAAACAAAUUAUCGUUGUUUCCACUAACAAUCAAUAUCCAACAAUUAAUUGUGAUUCAAUUGAAUUUCCUUUCUGCCGUUAUUUUAAUAUUGAAGUUUUACCUUCGCCACGAGUGACACCAAAACAAGCGACAGUUAUCAUUGAAAACCCGAUUCAUUAUAAACCUUUAAUUGAAUUUGAUUUGAAGACAACAGUUUCCUCAAUCCUCUCGGAUACAACUUCAUCUUUGGAACCAAAUAAUAUUGAAUUGUUUUCAUCUAAAUCAGAUAAUCAACCUCUCAAAAAAUUAACAGUCAAUCAAUUAAAUGGAAAACAAAUUUAUUGCCGAGUAAAAUGAUUAACAAAAAAAGUAUCUAAAUUAAGGCUUAAAAAAGAUAAUUAAAAAUUUAUUAUUAUUAAUACAUUAAUAA